AUGCAGGAAAAUAAAGGGAAGCCAUUGCCAAAGUUUGGUGAAUGGGAUGUGAACAAUCCCGCAUCGGCCGAAGGAUUCACAGUCAUUUUCAGCAAAGCUAGCGACGAGAAGAAGACCAAGAAAGCAUCCGGCGCAGGUCCUAAUACUCUGGUUUCACCUCAGAGAAACCAAAACUCCGAUCAAAACAAUCACCAUGAUUCUCAAAACCCAAAAGCUAAGAAGAAAUGGCUUUGCUUCCGUUAA